UAUGAUAAUAUCAGAAUGAUUUGCGAUCAUUUAUGGCCUGCGACUUCCAAAUUGUGCAGAAGGAAGAAAAAGAACAAGGACAAAAAGAGAAAACGAGAUGAUGAAGACAAGCUGGAUAUCGUUGGAGGAUGGUGGACAGUGAAGAGUUUCGGUGAGAUCACAGGCACAGUGGCUAUUGAGAUGCACAAAAAGUCCUUCAUUCAUGCGCUGGACACUGGCCUCUUCACUGUAGGAGCUCCACAUAAAGACGAUGAAGGCCCAGAUCCUCCAGAGCAGUUCACUGCCAUCAGAGUCUCAGAUUCCAGGAUAGCGCUGAAGUCAGGCUAUGGGAAGUAUUUAGGUUUAAACUCCGAGGGUGUUGUGGUUGGUCGAUCGGAUGCCAUCGGGUCCAGAGAGCAGUGGGAACCAGUGUUUCAGGAUGGUAAAAUGGCCUUACUUGCUGCAAACAGCUGUUUCAUCUCGUACAGUGAGAGCGGAGACAUAGUGGCCAAAAACAAGACAGCGGGAGAGGAGGAGAUAAUCAAGAUCCGUUCAUGCACAGAAAGAGAGGUGAAGAGGAAAGACGAUAUUGCAGAUGAAGACAGGGGUGAUGUCAAGAACUGUGAGGUCAACUACGUGAAGAAGUUCCAGAGUUUUCAGGAUCGGAAGCUGAGGGUGAAUGAGGAAGACAGCGGUACGCUGAAAAAAGCCAGAACAGAAGGAAAAUUCCAUGAGGCCCUGCUGGACAGGAGAGCCAAGAUGAAGGCUGACAGAUACUGCAAGUGAAACCAGAAGUGUUUUUUUCCCUUCCUCACCAUUAUAAUUUUACAUAGUCAUGGAAUCUCUGCCUUUUUUUGUAAUAAACCUAGUCACUUCACAAGAAAAUCUUUUGUUGUUGUUGUUUUUAAAUAGCCUAUCAAUUAUAUUGUUACAGUAAUUUGUUAAAUUACAGUCAUUUGUUUAAUAUUGGAUUGUACAUUUGAUUGCUUUCCCAAAUUAAAUGGAUUGUAAACUCAAUCUCAAUUGCAUUAUUAUCCAAUUUUCUGUUGCAUACAAAGAAAAGAACGAUUAAUCUAUGGAAAACGUGGUUCCUUAAUGUUUCUGACUGAAGUCAAUUAGUGUUGAUGUGGGGUCAUUUUGUGGGGUUUUAAUAUUUAUGU